CAUCGGCCUGCUCUUCACGGCUGUCAACCGUUCUCGGGAGGAACGCUGGGGCAUUACGUAACCUAGCGAAGUGCAGUGUGGGCGAUGUAGUAUUUUUAAAUUGGGCUCACACUCGUAAGCAAACAAAGCACUCCCUUGUUGGACUACAGACGUGGCUGACAGGAUGUGACGCACCCAAAGGUCGUAGGUGAUACUCAUGUGCACACAUGUGCGUCCAUCGUAACCACGCUGCCGAGCUUUAAAAUUGAGCCACUACAACACAUGCUGAUUGUUUGACUACAAAAUAAAACAUGCUUAGAGACGUGUCGCCCUCAUCGAGUGAAGAUGAAGCGGAAAAGUCGACGGAAGAGGUGUUGUUAAAGCAAAAGGAACCUGAGAAGAGGACCAGCAGGUACAAAUGUCCUGAUGACUUUGUGCCAUUCAGACACAAACCUUGCAAGAGCACGCUAACAGACAGCCUGAAGAACAGCAACAGUGAACUGUGGCUCAUCAAAGCUCCUGCCAGCUUUAACCCAGAAUGUUUGCAAGGUGUCAAUGUGAGCCUCUCAAGCCUGCAGACAUUGAAGUUUCCUUCUGCUGUGGAUGGAGGAGAGAGUAGGCGGGGCCAACAGAUUUACAACAUCCUUGGCUCCACACACGGCACCUCAGAGCUCCACCUCCUCACCGGUGACACGGCCUCAUCACCAGCGACAGUGAUGGGUCCAGCUUUCGCCGGCCUGUUGAGUGUGAGCGAGAGCUACGGCGGCACCCGGCAGACCCCGCAAAUCAUCCCUGCCACUCCCGCGCCGACAAUCCCGCCUGGCCUCAAACAGCGUUUCCUCCCCUUUGGCAGCAAGACCCCCACUCAGGGACGGGGAAGCGAGGCGGACGGUGUCCCCCUUCUGGAAGUCACACAAGUUGGUGAAGAGGGAAGGAAGAGGAAGAAAAGUAAGCUCAAGAAAGAAAAGCACGUAAAUGCGGAGCGAGAGGAUGAAGAGGUGACAGUCAAACAUGAAGACACCGUUUUCCAAGAAGCAGGGCCUCCUGCGGAAAAAAGGAGAAAGAAAAGGAAGAAGGUGAGAGACGAGGAAGAGUCGCCGCCACCUACUGCCAAGGUGAUGGUCAAACAGGAAGUGACGGAAGACAUCCUUUUCCACGAAGCAGGAGUUACAGAUUCACAGAGGGCAGAUAGAGAGGAGGAAGAGGUGUCACCUGCCUCCAGAGUGACAGUCAAACAGGAUGAGAGCAUUAACAGCGUCUCCUUCCUGGAGGACAAUGUUGAGGAAAAGAGGAGGAAGAAGAGAAAGAAGAAGGACAGAGAGAUGGAAGAGGAGUCGCCUGCAGCCAUGGUGAUGAUCAAACAGGAAGUGAAAAGUGAACUAGUGGACACUUUGUGCAACUGGGAAGAUGAUGGCUCACCAAAGAAGAAGAAGAAAAAGAAGAAAAGCAAAAGUGAUGAUGACUAGUCUGCCGCACCAGUUGUCCUUCACGACUGAUGAACUUUGACCGUGGAGCAGCCAGGAAGUUCUCACCUGUCCUUCUCAGGUGGACUUGAUUGUCCGAUGGCUUAAUGGUGUGAGAUAAUCACGUCAGCAUGCAGCAGGAAGAUGGACGAUGAUGGAAAGACGGAGCUCAACACAUGUUGGACAAUGGCGUCAUUGUAAUAAAAACAUGUCGGUGUCUUUUUGCA